UGAUAUUUUAUCUUGGCUCUAGAAAGACCGAACGAUAGUAAUUUUUAAUUUUAAAUAAAAAUGUACUCUAUAUAAUGUGAUAAUGGUGAUUAAAUUUAAAAUGUUGCAUUUUAUUUAUUAAUCUACAAAACAAAUUCGGCUCUGUGACGACGAUCAUAAUUUGUUAUUUAAAUGUAAUAUUUAAAAUUUUACCUGUGAAACAUAUUUUCGUGUUUAACAUCAAUAAAAAUGCGGAAUUGGACGUGUUUGUUCCCUGUGUUGAUUUUUUUAAUAACACUUACAUCCGUUAUAACGUGCCAGGAAAAAGAAAAUCAUUUGAGUACGGACACGAAGAAUUUUAUAGGAGAUGACGAUGUUUCUUAUUGGGAUGUUAACCAAGGUCCAAGGUUAAAACGCGAUACCACACAAAACACCACGAGUUCUAAUGACACAGUUGUAUCACAUCCGUCAAGCUCCUCUACAGAGAGCUCUCACAUUGUUUAUGAGGUUGGUCCUUCUAAUUCUUCAAUAUUGGCAGUUGUUCCUGUAAAUAUUUCAUCAUCACCUGCUCCGAAUGCCUCCGAUGUAAGUCCUUCUGAUGCUGCUCCACUUCCUGGUAAAAGUUCAGCUGAAGAUGAACAUAACAGUUCAAUGGCAAUAUUCUUUGUACUUUGCAUAUUGGCACUGGGUAUACUUCUGAUUCAUUUAAUGUUGCAAACAGGAUUCUCUUAUUUACCCGAGAGUGUUGUUAUAGUAUUCCUUGGAGCGCUUAUUGGUAUGAUAAUUAACCUCAUGUCAAUAAGAAAUAUAGCCAAUUGGAGAAAGGAGGAAGCCUUUUCUCCAACCGCUUUCUUCUUAGUUUUACUACCUCCCAUAAUCUUUGAAUCUGGCUAUAAUCUCCAUAAAGGUAACUUUUUCCAGAAUAUCGGUUCAAUUUUGCUCUUUGCAAUAGUAGGAACUGCUAUAUCUGCAUUUGUAAUUGGUGCAGGUAUUUAUUUGUUAGGUCUAGCCCAGGUGGUGUAUAAACUAAGUUUUGUGGAGUCGUUUGCAUUUGGAUCACUUAUAUCGGCUGUUGAUCCCGUGGCCACAGUGGCUAUUUUCCAUGCUCUCGAUGUGGAUCCUGUAUUAAACAUGUUGGUAUUUGGAGAGAGUAUACUUAAUGAUGCUGUGGCAAUUGUUCUUACAACCGCUGUGUUGGAUUCAAAUGAUCCUCUAAUGUCUACGACCGAGGCAAUUUUAUCGGCGAUAAAUCGUUUCUGGUUAAUGUUCUUUGCAUCGGCUGGCAUAGGUGUCCUAUUUGCUCUGAUUAGUGCGCUACUUCUAAAACAUGUUGAUUUGAGAAAGAAUCCUUCUUUAGAGUUUGGUAUGAUGUUGGUAUUUACUUAUGCGCCUUACGUCCUGGCCGAAGGAAUACAUUUAUCUGGUAUAAUGGCCAUCCUGUUUUGUGGUAUAGUAAUGUCACACUAUACGCAUUUCAACCUAUCAACGGUCACUCAAGUUACAAUGCAACAAACUAUGAGGACACUUGCCUUCAUUGCUGAGACCUGCGUUUUUGCCUAUUUGGGUUUAGCUAUAUUCAGUUUCCGACACCGAGUUGAGCCGGCAUUAGUAGUAUGGAGCAUAGUUUUAUGCUUAAUUGGAAGAGCCGCAAACAUCUUUCCCUUAGCCUUACUAUGUAAUAAGUUCCGUGAGCAUAAAAUAACAAAGAAAAUGAUGUUCAUCAUGUGGUUCAGUGGUCUAAGGGGCGCCAUUUCCUAUGCUCUGUCUCUUCACCUCGACUUUUCCGAUGAAACCCGGCACGUUAUUAUAACAACUACUCUUAUAAUUGUGCUCUUCACUACUCUUUUCUUUGGAGGUUCGACUAUGCCGUUACUGAAAUUUUUGAGAGCCAAUAAGAAAGUGAAACGUUCAAGGCCGUUACGUAAACAGAAGGAAGUGAGUCUGUCUAAGACUAAGGAGUGGGGGCAGGCGAUCGAUUCUGAACACCUCUCGGAAAUAACCGAGGAGGAAUUGGAGGUUAAUUACUCGCAUGCAACGAGGUUGAAGGGUUUCGUCAGAUUAGAUUUGAAAUAUUUGAUACCCUUCUUUACUAGAAGAUUCACGCAUCAGGAACUAAAGGAUUGCAAGAGCCAAAUGACAGAUCUAACCAAUCAAUGGUACCAGGCCAUCAGAAUAUCCAAUGACCACGAUACAGAUGAAGAUGAAACCAUUCAAGCGAGCUCAUUGUCGAACUCCCACACAAGCUUACAGAGAGGUGUAUGAGAUGAUACACAGAAUUCAUUAUAAUUAAGUAUAUUUUGUUAUAUUAGGGAUGUUACAAAUAUAAAAAUAAGUGGCACAUAUAUUUUUACAGCAAUAUUUUUAUAAUAUAAUUCUGAAGAUGUUUCUGUAAUUUCUUGUAGUAAUUUAAUGAAUCGUUAUGAAGAUAAUUGUAUUUUUCUUAUUUGUUACAUUCCUAAUGUAGAUAUUUUCUAAAUGUGGGAUAUAUGUUUCUAUGUGCAAUAAAAAAGUGUAUGCUAGGGAGGCUUGUUCCUGUUAUGAAGUAACUGUUGUUCAAACAACAAAACUUCGUUUUAAUUCAUAUGUUCAUGUGUUUUUGAAACAAUUUGCUUGUAUUAUUAUUAUAGUGCAAAUAGGAAUAAAAUAGAAGUGUUAUGCACCAAGCUUUUUAACAUAUAACAACACCAAGUGAUCUAAAUAUAAUUUCCAACAGUGUUAAAAGGUAAUAAAGUUUUUGGAACUAACAUGAAAAAAUUUUACAAGGAAAUGGCCUAAUGAAGAUCUACUUAAACACAAUAAUGAUGCAUCGUGCCAAAUUCAACAAUCUCACCGUUAUUGUCCUAACUUUCUUACCUAUUAAAUGUGAUUAUAUAUUUUAGUCAGAAAUUGUGAUGGUAUUACGAAUGUAUUAUUAGAUAAAUACGCACACAUAGUUGCUGAGCAAAUUUAUUAGUUUUUUUUUAUUUUUGGUUGUGUCAUAUCAUGUGUACUUAGCUUUUAUUGUACGGUAUUAUUAGCCAUAUUUUGUAUGUCCAAAAGCAAAUGUAACAUGUCAGAGCAAAUCAUAGUAGUUUAUGAAACUAUUUGAAUUUGUUAUGUAUUUUCAGGUAUUAAAAUAGUGUCUCAUACUAUCCAAAAAUUGUCACAUACGACCGUCCAAUAGGAAUUAUUUAUAAUGAGAUUACAAUUCACCCGUCUUAGAGGCUGUAAGCGUGUUAAACAAAUGUUUGUAGUACAAUUAACUUAGUUAUCAAUCUUAAAGUCAUUCCUAUAUUUUGUUGUCAUAGUUUUGUGAUAGUCGGAUAAUUUAUUAGUUGCUCUAUUGACUUAUUAUUAUGUGACGAUUUAAGAUCAUAAGGAUUUAUUGUUACUUAUAUUUCUUUAAUUAUUUAUAUAUUCAAUGUAUAACA